UAUACAUUUACUUAAAAAUAAUUAAUUUGCAAUUUUUCAGUUAAAAAUUUAACCAUGAUAACUGGAAAUAUAUUAUAGUGCAUAUUUAAUUUAUGAAAUAUUAAAUAAAAAAAAAAUCAAUUGUCAUUUAAAAAAUAAUAUGAAUACUCAAGCCAACAAAACACAUUGGUCUCUAGUCUUGUAUGGACUAUGGACUACAAAACCGGCCCUGGCAACUCUGAGACCAAGAAGACUAGAAACCCUAGAAGCUGCUAGAAACUCUCUAGUCUUCUUGUCUGAGACGAAUUUGAUCUGAGCUGACGACCCAUCGAACACACCUAUUGAAACGUUGCUAUUUAUUUACAUGUUGUUUUGUACAUUGUUGUACAUAUAGACAAAGUUCAGUGUAUGAAGACUAGUCAGAAUAUAUUGAGAUAAAAAAAUAUUAAACUGAAACUUGGUUAUAUAGUGGAUACCAAAUUUUAAUUUUAUCAAAUAUGAAUCAGCUCAAACGAUUGCGUAAAUCAGGGUCGAAAAAAAGCUUGGUAAAAAAAUAUGACGUUCCAAGUCAAAUUACAACACGUUCCAUGAGCAAAAAAAAUAAUAAGUUAUACUCUCAUCACAAUGAUGAUAACGAUCUAUACGCGAUAAUCGAGCGUGUUAAUGAUGAUUGCCUGGCUGAAAUAUUCAUGUAUGUGCCAGCAUGUGAAAGACCAAAAAUUGCAUUGGUAUGCAAAAAAUGGAAAAGAGUCCUUGAUGAUUCUUGGUUUGAUGUUAAAAAAAUUGAACUAACUCAUUGGGAAUAUGACGAGUAUCCACAUUUUUUAAAGAGAAAUUAUCCAACGAUCGAUGGACAAUUCAGUUUUUUGAAAUCACUGCUUUAUAAAUGUGGUCGUUAUUUAAGAGAAUUAGACUUGUCAGUCUACGGUUAUUGUAACAUAGUGCCAGUUAUUAAUGAAAAUUGCCCAAAUCUCGUGAAACUUCGAAUAAGAAUCGAUGAUCUUCAUUUGCGUAAUGCAAGAUUUGAUAAUGCAUUUUCACAUCUUUCUAAACUAAAAGUAUUGAAAAUUAUAUUUCAUCGUUGUUUCCAUGAUUUAUGUCCACCAAUACCUACAACUUUGAUUAAUUCAUUGUUAGACGUUGCUGAUACAUUGACUGACCUCAAUAUUUCAUAUUGGCUUGAAGCCCUUUGUCAACGCCCUUAUUUCCCAGAAGAAAUGACUAGUGUGAUUUCUCAACAGAAGGCCUUAAGAAAAUUUUCAACUACUGGUAUAGGUUCUCUCAAAAGUUUAUGCGACUAUCUGGACAAUUCUAAAACAAUAACAUGCACUCAUGACCACGUUUGUUUCACGAGAUGUAAAAUUGGUAGAUUAGAGAUGAUUGCAGAAAAUGUCAAGGAAUUGGAUAUUCUUGGUCAUCUAAUUACCGAUGAUGGUAUAUACGCUAUUGCUAAUACUAUGAAACGAUUACACACACUACGUGUAAGAUGUUUAUUGCUAACCGAUACUGGUAUCGUUACAUUUACAAAGAUGAAUAAUUUAAAAUAUCUUGAAUUUAACGGCUUUAGUAAUGCCACUGACUCUUCAAUUGAAUUGCUCAAAAAUUUAGCACAUUUAAGGUUACCAGUCAGCAAUAAAAUUACUGAUGAAUCAGCCAUUAAAGUUCUUGAAAAUUCACCAGACAUGAUUUGUUAUUGUGUUAGAGACACAGAUAUAACUUAUAAAUUUAUUGAAAAAGCAGCAGAAAUAUCAAGAAAUCGUGAAAGAAAAUUAUAUGUAUAUACUACACUUGACCCUAAUUUAUCUAACACACAAAUCGAAUAUGAAUAUUUAUCAAUUCGUUAUUUUAAAAAAGAUAUAAUAAGAGAAACUAAUAGUGAAUAAUAUUAUCUUGAUAAUAAGAAUUAAUGAAUCUUAUUGCGGAGGCUAGUAGUAUUGGAUUUAUCUCUCAAAAACAAGACACCGAAGUAAUUGUCGUAAAGACUUCGGAUUCGGCCUUAAAGAAGCGUCUCUGGAAAUCCUAUCGCCUCCCAUAGAAAAAAGCAUUAUCUAUUCAGUCAUUUUUUUUUUUUUCUUCGAAAUGUUAAUUAUAUACGUAUUAAAAUCGUUAUUUAUUGUUAAUUUAAUUAAUUAAUUAUCAAAGCAUUAAAAUAUUAUCAUAAGUUAUCAACCAUUUGAUUCUCAAACAAUAUAUGUUUUUUGUAUA